AUGAACAUAUACACAUCGCCAACGCGAACACCAAACUUUACAUCCACAAGUGGCCAAAAGCCCUGUCUGCCCUUGUUGGCUACAAAUCGCAGAAAUAUGGACGGAAGACGAGUGGACGAAGACUGUGAAGACGUACCUUGUCCGGAAUUGAACGUGUACAAAAACUAUCCCAAAGGCCCAUUGCUUGUUAUCCCGGAGAGUAUCUACCUUUAUUCAGAGCCUACAGUGAAGGAACUUUCGUCCUUCGGUGUGGUUAUCAACGUCGCUGGAGAAACACCCGACUUACAAAUGCAAGUUCCUGCUAUCGAGUACCAUCACUACCAAUGGAGGCAUGAUUCUCAGAUUGCGACAGACCUGCCCUCUUUGACCACCAUCAUACACACAGCCGCAGUGAAAAGAGAGAAGAUACUGAUACAUUGCCAGUGCGGACUGUCGAGGUCCGCGACGCUAGUGAUUGCAUACAUCAUGAAAUACCAUCACUUGAGCCUGAGACAUGCAUACGAUUUGCUGAAGUCAAGGGCAGGCAAGAUAAGCCCUCCCAUGGGGCUUAUGUUCCAGCUGAUGGAAUGGGAAGUCGCUCUCAACGCGAAGACUAAUCUGAAGACUAACGAUUAUAGAAAACUACCGUGA